AUAGGUGCACGGGGCGCACUCAAAGUACUAGUAUAUUAAUAUUCCCGCGCCUCCCCAGCGGCAUCCCCAUCCAUCCAUCCUUCACAAGCUUCAACAGCGAAGAACAGAGCGAGAAGCCGGCCAGCCAGCGAGCGGCGAGGACGCGAGAAGGGCAGCGACAACCAGCCAGCCGGAUACAAGCGAUCCAUGGCUCCGAAGAGGUCGUCUUCGCCGGCUGGGAGCAACGGCAGCGCCAUGUGCGCGCCGGCGGCGGCGGAGCAGCCGAGGCUCCGCGGCGUGCGGAAGCGGCCGUGGGGCCGGUACGCGGCGGAGAUCCGGGACCCUGUGCGGAAGGCGCGCGUGUGGCUCGGCACCUUCGACACGCCCGAGGAGGCGGCGCGCGCGUACGACGCCGCCGCGCGCAGGCUCCGCGGGCCACGCGCCGCCACCAACUACCCCGCCCAGGACCCGAAGGCCGCAGAGGCGGCUGCUGCUCCAGCGGCGAGCGGGAGCGCGGUGCUAUCCGAGGACGCGUCAUCCUCCUCCUCCUCCUGCCGGGACUCGCCGCUGGCGGUGACGGUGGCGGUCGCGGCGCCCCAGUCGCAGGACCUGAGCCUAGCGCUCCCGGCCAUGGUCGCCGCGCAGCCGUACCAGCUGUUCCUGGACCCGACGGCGAUGGUGGCCGUGGCGCCGGCGCUGCUGCAGUUCCUGCCGCCGAAGAGCGAGGAAGAGCAGAGCUUCCCAGGGUCGAGCUCCUCCUCGUCGGUCGUGUUCGACGCGGCGCCGGCGUUGGGCCUGGGGCUCGACCUGAACCUGGCGCCGCCGGCCGGGAUGGUGAUGUAGAGACAGACCAAUCAAUUGCUCAAUUAACACAGUAGGAAUUAUUUAGCUCAUGGAUCCACAUGCCAUCAGGUGUAAAUAGGCUGAAGAUUUGUGUAUGCGCCGAGAUGGUGAUGCAGCGAAUUAAGGAAAUUUACCAACACUCAAAUGGCUUCUUCUUCUUCCUCUUCUUCUUCUUCUCCAUCAGAGCCAAUUGGCCCUGUGAAUUCUUAUCAAACAAAAAAUGGCCCUGUGAAACAAUUGUAAAUAGGCAGCUAGCUGUUAGCAUAGGUCUCACUUCUUCUCAUUCGUUGCAAGGAGGAGCAAAGAUCUCUCGUGUGUGGUGUGGAGUUUGUUGUUCUUGAAGAACAAUAUGUUCAUUCAUUUGCAGUUGCAGCAUGCACAACCUGAUUACGUCAAAGUGAUCAGCAUGAAAGAUCUAUAAGGUCUAUUUCGACA